AUUAAAAUCAGUUGCAUUUAGCAAACGCCCCCGCUGGGUAUUUAGAUACGGUAGCAUAAGCUUCCGAUAGUUUUUGUGUUACAGUCACAAACAUUGUGAUUCAUCCAGUAGCUGUAAUAAAGAGUUACUAAUGAAAGCCACCCGGUGACCCUGCGUAAAAAUUUGAUUAUAACGGAGUGUAGAAUUUCAGCGUCAGGGCUUUGUUCGCAUGCAUGAUACAGGCAGAAAAAUGUGGUUUUACUUUGUGGAAAUACUAGAUUAACAUGUUAACGUAUUGGCAUAACGUUGCAGCGGCUUUUUAGAUGUAAUGUUUUAGAGAUGAUUUACAAAUUGAAAUGAUGUGUAACAAAGUGCAGUGCUGUUUUUUCGCGAUAUCUGGAUAGCUUUCUAUUGUGGGAUGAUGUUUUCUGAGAUAAAACUGGAACAUAAAAGAUAUAUUUAUAAAGAGCUAUAAAGAGAUAGGAUCAGGUUGUGUUUCAAGGAGUUGGUUUUAUUUUCUUUUAUGUUUUUUACUUUAACUAAAGAUUUGAUAUGAGUUCAGAUAAACAGACAGACGGAUCCAAGUCGUCGGGGAACGGUAGUUGUUUACGUGCUGGCAUUCCUGAGUCGGAUACUGGCGAGAGUGGGGAGGAGUCGGAGCCGACGUACCGACAUUACGACAACUUUGAAACCGACGUUUGCCUUACUCAGGACGAAGAUGACGAUCCGACGGAUCUCAGCGCCGGCGUCGUGAGAGAUUUGGGUCAAAAUCUUCAACCCGUCGGGAAUGGAAUUUCUAAAAUAAAUUCGUCAGGUAUUGACAAAAGGGAUUUAAUACAUAAAGAUUUAAAUGGGAUUAACCGUGGUAUGAGCAGUGAUUCAGACAGCUGUACGGAGAGCGAGCUUACUCAAGGUCAAGGUCAGGCAACAGACGAUACAACCACAACAAGCACGUCAGAGUCGGAGGAAACUCAAAUUUGGGUACCAAUAAGCAAACGGCCGUCGGCCCGCCUGGUUCAGGACACGACUAGUGACCCGCCACCAAGUGCUACAUCAUCUAACGGUAGUGAUCAAAGCCGUCCGCAGAGUUACAUACAUAAAGCCAGUAGCCUGCCUCCCGCCGGCGCCGGCAGUUUAACAUAUGUCACAUCUCCUUCCGUAUUAUCCCAGAUGGAGAAAAAUAACAGCAGAGCAGGCUCGCACGACAGUGCCAGACGUGACUCUAGAGACUCAUGGCACACCCUGCAGUCAAACCUGCAGUCGUCCGGUGUGAACAAGAGAGUUUCACCAUCGAAACAAGUAAGCCUGGGUUUGCUUCGUCACGACGAGACUACUGGGACAAUAACCCUAGAUAUCAGGAACGUUCCGAAUGGAGAUUCCGGUUUAGGUCACGAGGACGGACAGUAUACACCCAGUGACGAUACCCUGAAUGCCGGGGGUGCCAAUAUGUCCAUGCUGAAAGGAAGAAAUGCACGUGAUCACAGGUUUGGACAAAAUAUGAGUUUCACAGAGAGUGUUUGUGUGGUAUGCAGCGGUCUAUACAUGUUGUUUGUCGUGGUGUCGGGUCUCAUUCUGCCCAUAGCUGAAGUAUUUGUAUCCGAACCCUAUCCUGCUCUCUUUGAGGGCUUCUAUAUUUACCUGUACGUGAUGAGCAUAGCUUUUCUUGUCUACGCCUAUUCAUACUUGCUGAGAAUUCGAACAUUCUCCGUCGGCCGUCGGGGACGCACGAUAGUUUCGUCGGUACCUGUACACAGCCGGAAAAGGAACACGUGCAUUGAUGAGAUAGAACAGCAGACGGGAAGUUUCUACCUCCGACUGGGGGCAGUAGGGUUUGGUAUUGGAAGUAUGAUAAAGAGUGGGCUUCAUUUUGGAGAAUAUUUUGAGAUGACAACGUCACCAAAUUGUGCUCACGUGCUAUUCGGAAUACGACCUAUCCUUCACCUCUGCUUUACAUUCAUUCAACUGUAUUUUGUUUUCCUUAACUCAAAGAUGAUGAUACACCGAUACAGAUACCUGGCAAGAAUAGGUCUAAUGCACAUGAUUGCCACAAAUAUCGCUGUAUGGUUUGAGGAUAUUGUUAGAGAAACCCUCAGAGAACUUGGCAGAGCCUCGGCUGAGACAGUCGUUAACAAUACAGCCGGUCAGAACAAGAUGUACUCGUUAAGUACAAGUGGUCUGAGGGUCAUAGAGCAGUAUGGUUUUCCUCACUGCCAAGGGGAUUCACUGAUGGGAGAGGUUGUUGAGAUGUCUAGUCCAUAUCUCUACCCGUGUAGUAUCUUGUAUAGCAUCAUAUGUGCCAGCAUCUUGUUCGUGAUGUGGCUGAAUCUGGGCAAACGUGACUGGAAACUUGACCGAAAUUCUGAAGAAGGUGUGCCAAAAGAACGCUCGAGUGUAGAUUGUUCAAGUUCAAGUAGAGGCUUGUUUCUUGGCAUCAUAAUAUUCGUGGCUGCCGUGAUUAUUCUCAUCACAUUUUUCGUGCUUGUGCGAACAGACGAAUUUAUGAAUACAGCUGUUCGUCUGGACCAUUUGGGAGAUGUUGCAAUAUUUGUUUUAACCACUAUCUCACUGAUUUUAGCAUUUCACCGGACGCAUGGACUGCGCUACCCUGAACAAGAUCAAGGUCCCGGUUUUGAAGACGCUUUAUUAGUGAUUUCCGUUAUAGGAGUGUUUAUUUUGUGCAUUGCAAACAUUAUUGCAGGAAUUCUUACAGACGUUGAACAUUACGGGCAUUUGAUAAUACUGUCAAGCUGUCUCAGAUGUGUUCAGGCAAGUGUGCAAACGCUGUAUUUGCUAAACACGAUGCGGAAAAGCGUUUGGAAACGAGAGCACGAGGAAGCAAAAACAGGGCGCGAAUUUGUGACUUUUUUGCUUAUUUGCAAUAUUGCAUUAUGGGGUAUGAACAUUUUUGAAGUUCAGAGAUCUGAAGCUAACCCUGUGCAGGCGAAGUUUUAUGGAAGUGUUGCUUGGAAUAUAAUCACGCAUGUUUCAGUGCCAUUUGCAAUCUUCUACAGGUUCCAUUCAACAGUUUGCUUAGCAAACAUCUGGAAACAUGCUUGGAAAUUCAGAAAUUAGCGCCAGGACAACCACAUUUUUCAGCCAGUCAGGAGGUGUGUUUAUUUCCUGUAUAUAAAUCAUGACCUCAUGCAAUAAGCUCUUGUAAUUGUAUCAGGCAGCUGGUAUUUCAUAUAACAUAAAUCUAGUCGACAUUUUACCUGUAUAAUACUUUCAUAUUAUAUUAAGAACACAUUUUAUGUACACGGGACCAGUCUUUUAGUACAGACGGUUUCUUAUGAAUUAUAUUAUUUGAUAGA